UUCGCAGCAGGAGCAGGGGCAGGAGUCGUUGAAGCUGUAGCAGUACAUCCUCUGGACAUGAUCAAAACGAGGCAUCAGCUCAACACAGUGAAGAACGAGAACUCCUUUCGAACAGCAGUCCUCCUGAUCAAAGAAGGAGGAGUCCCCAGGCUCUAUCGCGGGCUAACUCCAGAGAUCGUGGGCAUGAUCCCGAAGAGCUCGGCCAUGUACGCGGGAUACGACAUGUCUCGGCUCCUGCUCGCGAAGACUCCGCUGGGAGACUCUUCGCUCUCCGUCUUCCUCGCAGGAUGCAUGAGCGGGAUCCCAGAAGCCAUCGCCACCACUCCCUUCCAGGUGGUGAAGAUCCGUUUGCAAGCGCGCGAGAACAUCGCAAAGUUCUCGGGGCCGGUGGAUUGUGCUGUGCAGACAUGGAGGCUGCAGGGGGCGAGGGGCCUCUUGACAGGUCUGGAGACGACGAUAUGGCGGAACUCGAUCUGGAACUCGAUCUACUUCUACAGCAUGCACGAGAUGAAGAAGCAGUUCACCCCACCUGAGCACCAGCACCAGCAGGUCAUGCAGAACCUUUUCCUUGGCUUCGUCGCUGGCUUCAUGGCAACGGCAGCCGAUGCACCCUUCGACACUGUCAAGAGCAGGAUACAAGCGCCACUUCCCUCUUCCUCCUCCUUCGUCGAGAGGCCCAAGACGUUCAAGAUGCUGUCUGACAUCAUCCGCCAAGAAGGCUUGCUUGCUUGCUACAAGGGGUUCCCGCCAAAAGCAGUGCGCAUGGCGUUGGGA